UCUCUCUCUCUCUCUCUCUGCCGGGUCAGGAUGGAAAGGCUUACACAGGCAGGGGAGGAAACAUGUCAUGAGAGGUGAUGACACAGCCACGGAGACAUAUCCUCACAGACUCCCAAGUUCGCUGCUCUCCGCCGCCGCUGCUGCUGCUGCCGCCUGAGUCGUUGCAGUUUCUGCAUCCCACAGAGGAGAGAGAGAGCCAAAGAUAGCUGCCGUUCUCUCUCCCCACCUCUCUCCCUUCUGUCUUUUUUCACUUUAUAUGUGGAUGAUGGGAUUUUAAUCAUGUGGAAGACAGCUGAGCGGCUCUUCUGGAUUUCGCUGACACUGCGCCUGGUCCCGCCUGGCCUCCUCUGAGCAGGAUGGACACUCUGGAGUCAGAGCUGACCUGCCCAAUCUGCCUGGAGCUCUUUGAAGACCCGCUGCUGCUCCCCUGCGCCCACAGCCUGUGCUUCGGCUGCGCCCACCGCAUCCUCGUCUCCCACUGCACCACCAACGAAUCUGUUCAGAGCAUCGGCGCUUUCCAGUGCCCCACUUGUAGAUAUGUCAUCUCCCUGAGUCCUGAGCGUGGACUAGAAGGACUUAAGAGAAACGUGACCUUGCAGAAUAUUAUUGACAGAGUUCAGCGGGCCUCAUCUUCAGCCGGGCUGCCUCUGCCGUUGCCACUGCCUGCCCCACACAGCGGGCCCAACUCCCCCAGCGAGGAAGGGAGCAACCGGUUGGCGCUGGUCCCAGUCAGCGCCGCCAUGUCCAGCCCGGGCACGCCUCCCGAGCCGGUCCAGUGCCAGUUCUGCGAGCAGGACCCACCGCAGGACGCCGUCAAGACGUGCGUGACGUGCGAGGUGUCGUACUGCGAGGAGUGCCUCCGAGCGACUCACCCGAACAAGAAGCCGUUCACGGGCCACCGGCUCAUCGAGCCCAUGCCGGACUCCCACCUCAGGGGGCUCCAGUGCCUGGAGCACGAGGAGGAGAAGGUGAACAUGUACUGUGUGACUGAUGAUCAGCUCAUCUGCUCACUGUGCAAGCUGGUCGGAAGGCACAGGGACCACCAAGUGGCAGCAUUGAGCGAUCGCUAUGAAAAGCUCAAGCAAGCCCUGGACUCCAACCUGAGUAAUCUGAUCAAGAGGAACAAUGAGCUGGAAUCUCUUAUGGGGAAACUCAUCCAGACCUGUCAACAUGUAGAGGUGAACGCGUCCCGCCAAGAGGGAAAGCUCCUGGAGGAGUGCGAUGUCCUGAUUGACAUUAUUCAACAGAGGAGGCAGAUCAUUGGCAGCAAGAUCAAGGAGGGGAAGACGCAUCGGCUUCGGAAGCUCGCCCAGCAGAUCUCCAACUGCAAGCAGUGCAUCGAGAGGUCCUCGGCCCUCAUCACACAGGCUGAUCAGACCCUGAAGGAGACCGAUCACGCUCGCUUCCUGCAGACAGCCAAGAGCAUCAACGAGAGGGUUUCCAUGGCAACUGCAUCAACCCAAGUGCUGAUCCCGGAGAUACAUCUGACGGACACCUUCGACACCUUUGCCCUGGACUUCACCAGAGAGAAGAAGCUGCUUGAGAAUCUGGAUUACCUCACAGCUCCAAGUGCUCCGUGCAUAAGGGAAGAGCUGUGCACAGCUUCCUAUGACACCAUCACUGUCCACUGGACGUCUGAUGAUGAAUUUACGGUCGUGUCCUAUGAGCUCCAAUAUACCAUCUUCACCGGGCAGUCUAACAUUGCGAGCCUGUGUAACUCACUGGAUAGUUGGAUGAUUGUCCCCAACAUCAAGCAGAACCACUACACAGUUCACGGUCUGCAGAGCGGCACCAAGUAUAUCUUUGUUGUCAAGGCCAUUAACCAAGCAGGGAGCAGGAGCAGUGAACCGGGGACACUGAAGACCAACAGCCAGCCGUUCAAGCUGGACCCCAAAUCUGCUCAUAAGAAGCUGAAGGUGUCCCAUGAUAACCUGACCGUGGAGCGGGAUGAAACCACGUCAAAGAAAGGCCACAGCCAGGAUCGGUUCACUAGCCAGAGCAGCUAUGGCGUGGUGGGAAACGUCUACAUUGAUAGCGGGCGUCACUACUGGGAGGCUCUGAUUGGGGGGAGCACAUGGUACGCUGUAGGCAUCGCCUACAAAUCAGCCCCCAAACACGAGUGGAUCGGCAAGAACUCAGCCUCCUGGGUACUUUGCCGCUGCAACAACUCCUGGGUGGUUCGGCACAACAGCAAGGAGCUGGCCAUCGAGCCCUCGCCCCACCUGCGACGCGUCGGAGUUCUGCUGGAUUACGACGCCGGGUACCUGACGUUCUACGACGCCGUGGGCUCCCAGCAUUUGCACACAUUUCACGUUUCCUUCGUCCAGCCCGUAUGUCCCGUGUUCAACGUGUGGAAUAAGUGUCUGACGAUUCUCUCUGGUUUACCCAUCCCCGACCAUCUAGAGGGCCUGGAGUCUGACAACUGAAAGGCAGACACGAGUGAAUUGGCGUACACUCAUUAACUUAAGGCUGCACUGGGCAAGCGUUGAGAAAACCUUUGGACAGAAAACCAGAAGAGUGAUCCAUCUUCUUUAAGUCAUGCAGAUCUGCUCUAUUUACUCGAGCCAGAAGAAAAGCAGUGAAAUAUAAACAGGUCCUCUCUAACAGAAUCUCGAGAACACUUCAGAAAAAAAAGCAAAAGCCACAUUCACCAGUGUGUCGUUGGCCUCUUUCCCACAUGCACCACACAACUGACAUUUUCCAAAUAUCACCUGGAGCAGCAUUACGUGAGAACUCAAAUCCCCAAAUCAGUUGGACCAGACAUUAACUAAGACUUUGUCCGUCCAGUUGCAUGGUACAGAGUCUCUUUAAGGUUCAACUGAGCCAGCGUGUACACAGCAAAUAUUUGUUCGAAGAACUCCCAGCAAGCAAGUGGGCUUGCAGGUUUUCUGCUUGCCUGUACAUCACUACUUACUCUUAGGUUGAUAUUGUUAGGCGCCACUUUCCACCCCAACAAAGAAAUCUUGUAAGAAUUUGACUGACGUUGACAAUGUCUUGUUGUCUGCUGCAGUAUCCACAGGUCCUUUUCUUUUAUACAUGCCAUUUCUGACAUUUGUCCAAAGUUGCCCAGUGCAGCUUUAAUGUGUGCAAAAGAAAAAAAAAAAGGCCUGGGGUGACAUUUUGCCAAGCCUCUCAAAUUUCAUUUUCUAUUCAUUAUGAUUUUACGAAGCAAAUAUGAUGCUGGCUAAUGACGAGGUGAGUCCAGGACAAAUGGAUGACUCUGGGCUCGAAAUUCCUGCUCUGAGGCACUUUGAGCUACAAUGGGCAUAUUUGUCCCAUGGCUACGAGGAAACAAGCCACAAAUCAAUUUCUAAUUUUCUUCCUUUUCACCUUAUCAGAUAUAGCACUUUGAGAAUCUCCGGAAGUACACAGACGGCGUACACACACACACACACACACACACAAAAUCAUGAACACCUUAAUAAUCAGUCUUUUUCUGAAAAAGAACCAGAUGUAUAUUUUGUAAAUUCAUUGCAUCCCCUUCCCCUUAUCUUUUCCCAUUCAUUGAAAAGGAACCAAAGUGGCCACUGCUGUCUGUUCAGAUUAAUUUUACUCUAUGAUGAUAAAAUUAUUUUUAAAAAGUGACAAGAGAGGAAUAGAAUAGUGAUGAUAUUAUUAAAUGCAGGAUUCCCUUAAAUGUAGACUCGUUUUUGCACAUUGUCCAUAUUUUAUUCAUGGCUUAGUAGCCUGGAACCUAUUUUGGUGCAAUUAACAUGCUUUCUUAUUGGGGAAGUGUUGUGUUGUGUUUGAGUUCUUGCGUUGUUUUAUUUCGUGUCAUCCGAGUCCUGUCAUCAUGAUUUUAUGUGAUACAUGGGAGUAGUAUGGGAGUUGUGUUACAGCUGUAGCCCCAGGAUAUUGUUGGAAAUAAAUUGCACAACUGAGUGUAAGUUCUCACUUUUUCUGCAAAAUUAGCAUAGGGAUGUUUUGCGGGACACAUCUGUGUUGUAGUACGUAUAUGACAAAAUCGUUUGUUUGCUUUUAACGAAGAAUGAUUUCAAAAUGUUACAUUUUACAUGUGGGUCAUAAAUCUUUCGGAAAAUAUGCUUUUUUUUCAGUUUCUUUCUCUUCAUUUUAUUCAAACAACACGCCCAUGCAAAGGGGGCUGUCCUCAGACGUGUUGCACCAUGAUGAUGUCAGUCGUUUGCACCUCGUAAUUCACUUCCUUCAGUGGCUGAAUCUUUAUUUGGAUUGUCCUCGUGUAAAGGGACAAAACAGCAAAACUGCGAUUACACUAGCAACACCGUAAAACGAAACUUCUCAAAGGGACACUCCUGUGCUCUGUAAAUCAAAUUUGUUCCUCGUAUAAUGAUUUAACUGUGAUGAUUUAAAUGCCGCUUCUCAGUGUAAAUAUAAAGAUUAGGUUGUAUUUCUUGAUGAGAUUUUGUUCAACACCUUAAAGUACGGAGGGCAAGCAAUUCGUUACUUCUACUCUGUGUUUCCUUGGCAGUGCAUUGAACUGUGUGUUUCAUUGUGUCUGAUACAAAUAUAUAGCGCUUAAUUUAAUGUUUCCAUUUUAUGACCAUGUUGUUCUGUCUGUGUGGAUGUUUUUAUGGGAAACAGGAUAUGAGUGCUUGCACCGCCGUUGUCUGAGAUAAGUCUAUGAGAAGGUGAAAAAUAAACAAUGGUCCUUUUCACAU